AUGGGUCUCAGCAGUACCUUCAAACACGCCCUUGGUCUCUCCUUUCUCCCCAGACGAACCAAUCCGUCAGCCUGGAAAGGAAAAUCCGUUGACCGAUCUAGCGUCAAGGUCAACUGCUCUACCGUGCAAUGCAACUGUGAUUUUCACUCCAGUGAGUCUGAUAUGGCGGUGAACGGAAGCGAGUUGGACCUGCAUCAUGGCGGCAUUGGCGACAGCAGCAGUAGCAGGGCCGUAUUGGUGCGAAUAGUGAGCUGGUCCAGUAUUCUCGGGCACAGAUGUCGGUGGACGAUGGAACAGGAACGAGACCUGGCUAUUGCAGAGCAGGAGCUGGCACGGUGUCAGAAUGCCUGGAGUUCCGAGCAAGAAGUGUGGUUGACAUACAUAAAAGCCCUAACGGAAGAAAAAGAAGCCCAUGAAGAAUUCCUCCACCGCCGUGCCAAACAUCAAGACGACGAACAGCAGCAUUUUCGCAAAUCCUGGAACCAUCGUCGGUCCCAGGAUAGAUCCCGACAGCUGUUACUUUUGAAUCCGCGCCGGGGGAGUAGUCGACUGCGUCGGUUACGGAUAGGAAGUAGCUUUGGUCAGGGUGAUGUAGAAUGGUGA